GAUAAGAAAAGAGAAAACCGAAGAGGGGAGAAAAGGAGUUCGCGGAGAGAGAGAGAGUCCGAGCGAGGGAGCGACUAAGAGAGAGCGAGGGAGCUUCAGCCGUCGCCUCAGCUGCGCGCGGGCCCCGCCCGACGUCCUCAAAUUGAAUCCGGUGGGAAGCGAUACAUUGCGUCGUGCCCUCUUUGAUCCUGAAGAAAACGGAGAAAGAAGCAAAUCCUAUCAAUCGCCAAGACUACUAGCAUCAGAUCUACUAUCCACCCUUUUCAGAUCACGAUGGCGACGAAAGGACAAAGAGUGAGGGACCCGAGGGAAAGAGAAGAUAUUAUUCAGGAGGACCACCUCAAUGGCGCUUCCGUAUAAUAAAACAAACAGAAGAACAAAGAGGCAAACCUCGUUAGUCAUAAGCACGGAGAUAUGGAUUUCUUGGUCUGGAUUUUUUGCCUUUGCCUUCUCUGGGGCUUGUCUCAAGCUCUCUCCUUAAUUGUAAAGGGAAGCAGAAGGUCUCCCUCCAACCUCCCACCUGGGCCACCGCCUCUUCCGGUCAUUGGCAACCUUCUCGAACUUGGAAACCUUCCCCACAAGUCUCUUGCCAAGCUAGCUCGCACUUAUGGCCCCAUAAUCAAACUUCAGCUCGGCUUCGUAACCACGGUCGUGAUCUCUUCCCCGACGCUCGCCAAAGAAAUCCUCCAAAGUCAUGAUGCUAUCUUUGCAAAUCGCACGACUCCCGAUGCCAUCACGGCCCAUGACCACCACCAACUCGGCUUGCCUUGGAUACCCGUUUCGCCUCUCUUCCGAAACCUCAGGAAAAUAUACAACUCACACCUUUUAUCCAGUAAGAAACUUGAUUCCAACCAGCAUCUUCGCAGCAAGAAAGUGCAAGAGCUCGUCGCUUAUGUUGGAAAAUGUGCACACAAUGGUGACGUCGUUAAUAUUGGUGAGGCAGCUUUUAGGACUACUCUUAACUCUCUGUCUAACACAGUUUUCUCUUUGGACAUGACGGACCCUUCAACUUCUGCCAGCGAGUUGAAGGAGGUCAUGUGGCAAAUCAUGGCCGAGGUUGGAAAGCCUAACAUUGCAGAUUACUUUCCUGUGCUCAAGAAGAUUGACCCACAGGGUUCGAAGCGGCGCACUGAGUUGUAUUUCAGUAAGAUGUUUGAUAUCUUCGAUGGGCUUAUCAAGCAAAGGUUGCAGCUGAGAACGCAGCCUGGUGCCACCACAUGCAACGAUGUUUUGGAUGCUAUUCUUGAUGUCGUGGAAGAUAAGAGCGAGGACCUGGACAUCUCUCUAGUCAAGCAUCUGUUUCUGGACUUUUUUGUUGCCGGAAGCGAAACCACUUCGAGUACUCUAGAGUGGGCAAUGGGAGAACUACUGCGGAACCCGGAGAAGCUAUUAAAAGCACAAACCGAGCUCCAUCUCGUCAUUGGAAAAGGCAAGAAGAUCGAAGAAGUCGAUAUAUCUCGCUUACCCUAUUUGCAAGCCACCAUAAAGGAAACUUUCCGAAUGCACCCGCCAAUUCCACUUCUUCUCCCUCGCAAAGCCGAAGCCGAUACACAAGUAGGUGGUUUCACUAUUCCAAAGGGUGCACAAGUGCUUAUUAAUGUAUGGGCUAUAGGAAGAGAUCCUGCCUUUUGGGCCAGUCCCAAUGACUUCAUGCCGGAGAGAUUUCUAGGAUCCGACGUAGAUGUCCGGGGACAGGACUUCGAGAUCAUACCGUUUGGCGGCGGUAGACGGAUUUGUCCGGGAUUGCCACUGGCCACGAGAAUGUUACAUCUAAUGCUGGGUUCGCUCCUUAACGCAUUCAAUUGGAGGCUCGAAGAUGGUGUCACGGUUGAGAACAUGAACAUGGAAGACAAGUUCGGGAUAACCGUACAACGGGCUCAACCUGUAAAAGCAGUGGCGGUACCGGCAUAACUCAAGCAAAAGUUUUAUGUCAUAAUACGUGCUAUGUGACGGUUACAUAGAAAAAUUAUGAGACCAUUCGUGUCGACACAUUUCCUUUAUGUGAUUGUUUCUUUGCAUGAAAUCGUUGAUCAUUUAUUGAAAUGAAUCUAUAUUGUAUUCCUAGUUUUAUUGCCUAAAUUCAGGGUUGAUGUUACAAUCCAUCGUUCAGUAA